GUAAAUUAAUAGAUUAGAAGGACCAUUCCAGAAUUUGGUCCAUUUUUUAUGUUAACCACCCCAAUUACUCCACUUAAGUUCACCUUCUCGAAUUAUUAAUGGCCCCAAUAAACACAUCCUUUUAACAAUUGUCUAACCCUCUUAAUCUAUUCGGUUAUCUCCCUUUGCACGCCUCCCCUCUUCUGAGAACAUUUUCCAGCAAUCGUUUCGUAUUGGGGUUGUCUAUUUUCCCCCAAAAUUCUAUGGGGAAGACUGCAUUUUUUGAUCUGGAAAGGCACUACGCCUUCUAUGGCGCUUAUCACAGCAACCCAGUCAACAUUUUCAUCCAUGUCCUGUUUGUUUGGCCGAUUUUCUUCACCACUCUCAUGUAUUUGUAUUUCACCCCUUCUUUCUAUACGAUUCCCAAAUCCCCUUGUGGGUUUGAUCAUGGCCUGGUUUUGAACUUCGGAUUUCUUUUCACCUUAACCUAUGCUGCAUCUUAUGUGAUUUUCGAUAAGAAAGCAGGGUCCAUGGCCGCUUUGCUUUGUUUCGUCUGUUGGGUUGGAGCAAGCUUCAUCUCCAAUAGACUUGGUUAUUCCCAGACUUGGAAGGUUGUACUGGCUGCUCAGCUGUUCUGUUGGACAAACCAGAUUAUAGGCCAUGGAGUGUUUGAGAAACGUGCACCGGCUUUGUUGGACAAUCUUGCACAAGCCUUUCUAAUGGCUCCAUUCUUUGUGUUUUUGGAGGUUCUUCAAACUUUAUUCAAAUAUGAACCAUAUCCAGGGUUUAGUUCAAGUGUGCAAGCAAAGAUAGAAGCAGAUAUAAAAGAGUGGAAAGAAAUGAAGGAAAAGCUCUCUUAGGUUGAAUCGUCUGGACUUCAAUAUAAAAAAAAAAAAAAAAAAAAAAAAAGGUCUGAUCUAGGUUGCCCGUCGUAAAAAUAGUCUGGAAACUACUUACUUGUUUACUGGAUCUUGAAAUGCAUGUUCUAAGAACUCAAGCCCAACGUUAGUCUUGGCUUUUUUUUUAGGCUUCUCCUCAGAGUUUUAAAACGCCUUUGCUAGGAAGGUUUCUGCAUUUAUUAAGGAAUGAUUUGUUCCCCUCCAAUCGAGGUGGGAUUUAAAAUCCACUCCCUUGGGAGCCGAGCGUCUUCAUUGACAUAUCGUUCAAUGUCUGACUCUGAAAUCAUUUGUAACAACUCAAAACUCACUAUUAGCAGAUAUCGUUCUCUUCGGCUUUCA